ACAGGACUAUUAUAUCAUCUGUACACUAGCAUAGGCUACUGUGACCUCUAAAACCAGUGCCCUAAAUAUAAGUCAGAAACCAUAUAUAGCCUACCAAAAUGGAGGAAAGGUGAAAGAUUGAAUGUGGUAUUAGCUAUUUAUUAUCAGUGUUUCUGCAACUGUAAAUAAAUUAACAAUGUAAAAUAACUAUCUUAGCUUUACACUCAUAAACCCAACUGCAGUGCUUUAUACAAAGCAGAAAAGCAAAUACACAUUAAUCUAUUUCAACCGAAAAAAAUGAAGUGGAAUGAACAACACAUUUCUACCACCACUGGAUCCUUGGAUCAAUAGCCAUUAAUAAAGGUAAACCAUAGCUGAUUGAAGAUGCGCUCUGCCUCUGGUGUAACCAUGGCAACCUUCUUCCAUAGCUGCAAUGCGAAGAGGGGGAAAUCCAGCUGAACACGUAAAAUGAAUAAAAACAGCAAAUCACGAUCAAUACGAUGAGACACACAAAGAUAUUUUGAUUUCUUCAAUUGGGUAAACUGUAUCUUGAAUAUAGCCUUACAGGCUACAGACUCAUUGCCUACAAUGUUGAGGUCAAAAAGGGAAACAAAAUUGCCUUCUCGGUCUGGAUUCCUCAGCGGGCUGUUUGCGCCCCUGACUGCACUCCAUGGCUAGUUGCUGUUCGCUAAACAGCGGUUUGCAGCAACCAUACUUCCCAUUACACUCCACAGCUCUAGAUGGCAGUAACUACGAGAGCCGAGCCAUAUGUAACCAACGACAGACAUGAUACGACAGAUUAGAGGUAACCUAGCUGGCCGGUGUUUCUUUGCGGCUGUGUUAGGGGAAUGCUGUGUUAGAGAACAGUUUUAUUGAUAACCUGCUAGCUAGGUAGGUACUCAGGUUUGAUAUACGCUCACCUUCACUUGUAGUGGAUGCCUGUAUGAUAAAGGGCAUGUUUACAUCAUCUAGCAUGGCAUACCCAUGUCAAAUAUCUAAAGAGUUGGAACAGUACGUCGUAACUAAUGCACCACCCACAGUAUACUACAUCCCAGAUUUCAUCACAGAAGUCGAAGAGCAGUAUCUCUUACAAGAGGUGUACAAAGCCCCCAAACCUAAAUGGACACAGUUGUCAGGAAGGAGGCUACAGAACUGGGGUGGGCUGCCUCGCCCAAAAGGGAUGCUCGCAGAGAAGCUUCCCGAUUGGCUGCUGAAAUACACAAACAGAAUCUCUGACCUUGGAGCAUUCAAUGGAAAGGCUGCCAAUCACGUGUUGGUGAAUGAAUACAAACCAGGGGAGGGCAUUAUGCCACAUGAGGACGGCCCACUCUACCACCCCACUGUAACAACAAUCAGCCUGGGCUCUCACACCCUCCUGGACUUCUACAGGCCCAUUGGCCAGUGUGGGACAGAGGGGCCCCAGGAUGAGGAGAGCCGCUGCCUGCUCUCCCUGCUGCUGCGGCCGCGGAGCCUGCUCAUCCUGCGGGAGGAAAUGUACGAGCGCCUGCUCCACGGCAUCCGGAAUGACUGGGAGGACACUUUAACAGAGAGGGUGGCAAACCUCUCCUCUGCGUCGGCCCAGCCUGGGGGGGUGCUCACCCGAGGCACCAGGGUGUCCCUCACAAUCCGCCAUGUGCCCAAGGUCAUCUGUGCCAACCUACUGCUUGGCAGGAAAAAAUGUUAACUACCUGUGUCAAACAGGAAGAAAGAGACAUUGACAGCACACUCGUGCAUCAAAAGCAAGAAGUAAAGACUGUCUGAUGGGUCCUCAGUCCACACGGUUUUUAGAUAGCUGUGUGGACUUGGUGGUUUGUGGGAUCUGAGAACUCUCGUCUGAGAAACCCUCAGGAGCAGAACGUUUGUGAAGGCAAAGCAGACAUGAAGGGUGUACGAGCGGAUCACAAACAUGUCUGAUGUGGCACAAGUCCCUUUCAAAGUAAUGGGAGACUGUAAAACAUAGUAAAGAGCUUUGGAAGUCAGAGAUCCCGAGAAAUGAGCACAUCUGUCCUGUGUGUGCCAUCUUGUUAUUUCCACUCACUGUUUAUGCUUUUUAGCUUUUUUUUUUAAAUAGCAUAUAACAUGUUGUGAUUUUCAAGAAGCAAGUCAAUUCUAAGGAUGUGCUAUAAGAGUCAUGUGAGCAAAUGAUGUUCCAAAAAUAUUGACGAUGUAAGAAUAUAAGAAAUUGAAGCCUUCGGGUGCCUUUUUGUAUUUAGAUUAUAGGUUGAGACUGUUGGGACAAACUAUGUUGAUGGCUAAAAAUGUAACUACCUGUCUUACACUUCAAUCAGACAUUGCCAUGGCGCUGGAAUAAAGUGACUGUAAUAUACAGUAAUAUAAUGUUAAGAUGUAAUAUAUGUACACAAUAUUG